AUGGAUGAGAAGGGGGAGCUGGCAGCUGACUUGGACAUUGUCAACUGGGUGAAGUUUCCCAACAACUCUGUUCUAAAAGUGAAAGUUGGGAGCAUCAAAAGACAGGGAUUGUCUGGACGCAAAUUCACCAUUGACCAAGAUGCCAUCGUGUGGCCCAAAUGGCUCAAUAAGCCCCUGCCCAUGGCCAGGUGCGUGGAAAGCUGCCACCCGGGAUUCUUCAAGGUGGUUCAGGAAGGAAAGCCCGUUUGCUGCUAUGACUGCGCUCCAUGCCCAGAAGGGACGAUCUCCUCUCAGGAAGAUGCUGACCAUUGCAUCAAGUGUCCAGACAUUCAGCAUCCAAACAAGAACCGAACUCAAUGUACUCCCAAGGAAAUCACCUUCCUGUCAUAUGAAGAUGCUCUUGGGAUGGCCCUGGCUUCCAUGGCACUGAUGCUCUCCUUAUUCACAGGACUUGUGUUGGGAAUCUUCAUUAAAUUCCAGGAAACUCCAGUCAUCAAAGCCAACAACCGCAGCCUCUCCUACAUUCUUCUCAUCACCCUGCUGCUUUCCGUCUUGUCCUCCUUCCUCUUUUUAGGCUCGCCCAGGAAGGUGACCUGCCUUCUCCGACAAAUGGCCUUUGGCAUCAUCUUCUCAGUUGCAAUCUCUUCUCUCUUAGCCAAAACAGUCACAGUGGUCUUGGUCUUCUUGGCUACCAAGCCAGGAAGCAGAGCAAGAAACUGGCUGGGGAAGAGGUUGGCCAACUCCAUUGUCCUUUUCUAUUCCAGCAUCCAAGCUGUCAUCUGCUGCAUCUGGCUGGGCACCUCUCCUCCCUUCCCUGACUCAGACAUGCACUCCCAGCCUGGACAUAUCAUCCUACAGUGCAAUGAGGGCUCUGUGGCCAUGUUCUACACUGCCCUUGGAUACAUGGGAUUCCAGGCUGCCAUCUGCUUCGUGGUGGCUUUCCUGGCCAGGAAGCUGCCUGGAGCCUUCAAUGAGGCCAGACUGAUCACCUUCAGCAUGCUGGUUUUCUGCAGUGUCUGGGUGUCCUUCGUGCCCACCUACCUGAGCACCAAGGGGAAGUACAUGGUGGCCGUGCAGGUCUUCUCCAUCUUGGCCUCCAGUGCUGGCUUACUGGGCUGCAUCUUUCUUCCCAAGUGCUACAUCAUUCUCUUGAGGCCUGCUCUGAAUUCAAAGGAGAAUCUUGUGAGGAAAACAAAAGAUGGCAUCUUGACAUAG